AUGGCGAGCCGCGAUCUCGUCCUCCGAGUUCAGCUCGCCUCGAUGAAGGAAUGGGGCGACUUUCUCGACAAAUGCCUCUUUAAGCGCCUAAGCAUUUCGAAAUUUGAGUCCUUCGUACCCCAUCUCCGAUCCAAACACCCUCUCCCCCCCGACGCCAUCGCCGACCUCCUCCUCCGCCCCCGCGCCGGCAACAACGACUGCCUCGAUCCCCGAAUUCCCCUCUAUAUCCAAGCCGUCCUCGAGCUUGAAUAUAUCGACGCUCCGGCCAUCCUAAAGGCCCUAUACCGCUACUCCACAUCUCAUACACAAUCACAUAGCGACGUCCAGGACCUACCGCCCGUCCGAUGGCGGAGUUCCUACUCCGCCGAGGAGGUCAUGUUCUACCGUCUGACCAAGGCCGUGGUGCAUGGCACCGGGAUUAGGACGCCGAGCGACGCGCUGCGCAUGAUGGAUAUCGUGGCCAAGUGGAUGGCGCUCUUCACGGCCGCCUUUGCGACCUUCGCUGCCGAUGUCAUGGGUCAACUAGAAAAUGCCGGUCCGAGGGAGGAGAUGGAGUCGGCGCGGGCGGCGUUCGUGGCGCUGCUUCUGAGCGUGUGCGAGAAUCCCGUGUUGUUAAGGACAGUGGGUAGACCGAUUGCAAAGAAGGCGCGGAAAGCUAUGCUAGACAGCCUUGUCAACUUCGUACCAACUCUGCAGAUUGCGUCCAUCGCUGAACGUUUGGAGCUCUUCCGAUCGACGCUAGCUAGCUUUGAGCCCGCCGAGAAGCCAAAGGAUGGGGGUCUAGAAGAGAUGUUAGAUUCCAGUGUUGGUUUGGACAGCGUCAUACUACCAGAGCUACCUAUCUCCAAUUCUCGGGCGGGGCUAUACAUUUAUCUCAACGCAUGUUUUGUUGGGAGGCCGCUGCUCGAUGACCACGCUUUAUUUGCGUAUCUUCAUAACCGUUACCAGGGAGAUGUACAAACUACAGCCGUCGACCUGAUCCUAGCCUCCUUCGACGUGCUCGCGAACGCAGUCUUUAGAAACGAUGGGCACAAAACAGCCCACCUCCUACGAUCCUACCUAAUCAACAAGCUCCCUCUUCUCCUAGUCGCUCUCGGCCAUUCCCUGUUCCCGCCCACCACGCCUGAGUUCUGCAUCACCGAAGCGCUGAGCCAGGUUGAUACCAACACUUUUCCCACCCUAUCAUCCAUGUUCGACGAUAGCCGCAACAACAACCCGCUCACGGAUAAUGUGCGGGAGGAGUUUUGUUUCGCUUGUUGUCUGCAUAACCUCAUGCCCCAGUCUCAUAUUGAAACCCUUCUGGGGGAGAACAGUUAUCAGACGUUACCCUCGGGUGGUCGCUAUGUGAAGGAUGAUUUGGUGCGGGACUGUGCCGCGGAUCCAGAGAAGAUCCAGAGCUUGAUAGGGGAGCUGGACAAUAUGGAUGGAAAUGUGGGCGCUGUGUGCCAGGCGUUAACAGAGGUGCUCGGACGUCUUUGCGCAAAUAAGGAGACUAUGUCCUUGAAGACGCUCUGCAGCCAACUAGCUAGGAAGCCUCAGAGUCUAGAUGUCAUGCUUCUCUUUGCGAAACCUGCAACUAUUCUCCAGCCCAUCUGCGAUCUUCUAGACAAUUGGCGGUACGAAGAGGACCAAGGCGAAUACCAGCCAGUCUAUGAAGAAUUCGGCUCCAUCUUGCUUCUACUUCUCGCGUUCGCCUACAGAUAUAAUCUGACGCCGGCCGAUAUCGGUAUCAGGUCCCGAGACUCCUUUGUUGCGAAGCUCCUCACCCAGGGCCACCUUAGCAGGCCGUUGGGCGACCUCACGGAGCAGGAGAAGGGCCAUCUCGAUGGCUGGAUUCACGGGCUCUUCGAUACCGACGCGGGUGGUCUGGGAGACGAGCUCAUGUCUUCCUGCCCACCCCAGGACUUUUACCUCCUCAUACCUACGCUGUUCCUGAACAUUGCGCUUGCCUUCGGGUCCGGGCGCCUUACCGAAGAGACCCUCAAGGGCGGUCUCGAGUAUCUCGUUGAUACUUUCCUCCUUCCUUCUCUGGUCACGGCGAUCCGGUUUUUGUCGGAUUACCUUUGCAAUGAUCGGCAGGAAGAACAGAAGGCAAUUAUCAAGAUUUUACAGCUACUUUUAGCCCCGAACGCAAUUUCGACGGAGGCCUCGACAAUGCUUUCGUCGGUAUUGAACCUGGUUGCGAAACCACUAGAGCACUCCCUACGGGCGUAUCAACGUCGGGACCCUAAUAAUGCCCAGAUUGAGCCGCUUCUGCGUACGUUGAAAGACAGCCUACCUCUGUCGCGUAGGACGGGAGGGGCAGAGCACAACGAGGUUGAGUCGUGGAGCAGCACCGCAUCGGGAGGCCUAACCAUGUCCAUCAAGCAUACGAUGAAUGGAUUCGUGCAAUGGAGUUUACAGCCCGCUAGUGUCAACGCCAUGCCAACUUCCUACACGCACCGGCAGGUACUCUGCGGCCUACAGAUGCUCGGGGCCUCGCGGAUGCUACGCAUCAUCCUCGACGAAGUCCAACAGCAGUCCGAAGCCGGCAACGCGAGCAUCGUGUACGACGUAGCCACGGCGCUCAUAUGCGCGCCAGACGUCAGCAACGACCCUCCCCCGCCACCCAACAUGCAAACGCUCGACGAGUCGGGCAACGUGCCCCCCGUGCCGCAGCGGCAGCUCAGCCUCCGUGAGGCCCUCAAGACCGAGGCCGAGAACUUUAGAAAGCUGCACAAGAAGGACCCGGCACUCGCUGAGAUCGUCGUGCGGCUUCAUCGGAAGGUCGAGGCCCAGAUGACGCCUUCGCAAGCGCAGAUACUGCAGGCUGAUCUCGGUGCCUCUAUAGAUACUUCGGACGUCGUGCAUCAGGCAGCUGCUAAUGCCGCUGCUGCGGCCGCCGUGGCCGCGACGGGCGCGGGUGAUCCCAUGCAGAUGGAUUCCGUGGGGCUGGAUAUGAUGGCAGGCGUCACGGGGAGCGAUUUUGGUAUGGGUGGAUCGGGGAAUGGGGGAUCGCUAGAUUUGAGCGAAGAUAUCUUCGGUCUUGAUUCCGGGAUGGACACGUUUGAUAUGUGGGGGGACAUGAUGGAGACGAGUUGA